UCUUUUUGCCAGCGGCUCUCAGGAGCCCAUCAUGGCGACGCCCCCUAAACGGCGGGCGGUGGAGGCCACCGCGGAGAAAGUGCUGCGCUACGAGGCUUUCAUCUCUGACGUACUGCAGCGGGACCUGAGAAAGGUGCUGGACCAUCGCGACAAGGUAUAUGAGCAGCUGGCCAAAUACCUUCAACUGAGAAAUGUCAUUGAGCGACUCCAGGAAGCUAAUCACUCGGAGUUAUAUAUGCAGGUGGAUUUGGGCUGUAACUUCUUCGUUGACACAGUGGUCCCAGACACUUCACGGAUCUAUGUGGCCCUUGGAUAUGGUUUUUUCCUGGAGUUGACACUGGCAGAAGCUCUCAGGUUCAUUGAUCGUAAGAGCAGUCUCCUCACAGAGCUCAGCGACAGCCUCACCAAGGACUCCAUGAAUAUCAAGGCCCAUAUCCACAUGUUGCUAGAGGGGCUUAGAGAACUACAAGGCCUGCAGAAUUUCCCGGAGCCUCACCAUUGACUUCUUCCUACCUCCCCUGACAUUAAAGAGCUUGAAUGUCUUUGA